GACUGCCCGGAGCGCUUCCAGUUUUGUCACCGGCCGGCGACGGGAGAAUAGAUCGGGCUCGCCAAUCUCUCGCCGGCUUCCCUCCGUCCCUGCCCAAAGGCGGCUGCGGCGUCAGAUCGCGCACCGAGAAGAGUUGAUCUGCUCCGCUCGGUGGACGCGGGCCUGCGGCAGCGGCGGCGAUGGAGAAGGGAGGGGAGGCGGGCGGCGGCAGGCCGGAGUACAGCAUCAUCGUGCCCACCUACAACGAGCGCCUCAACGUCGCCCUCAUCGUCUACCUCAUCUUCAAGCACCUCCCGGAUGCCAAGUUCGAAAUCAUUAUUGUGGAUGAUGGAAGCCCUGAUGGAACUCAAGACAUUGUAAAGCAGCUGCAGCAAGUAUAUGGUGAAGACCGUGUUCUACUGCGAGCUAGACCAAGGAAGCUAGGGCUUGGCACUGCAUAUAUGCAUGGAUUGAAGCAUGCUUCAGGGGAGUUCGUUGUUAUAAUGGAUGCGGAUCUAUCUCAUCAUCCAAAGUAUUUGCCAAGUUUCAUCAGGAAGCAAAAGGAAACCGGUGCUGACAUUGUAACUGGCACGCGUUAUGUUAGCAAUGGUGGUGUCCAUGGUUGGAAUCUUAUGCGGAAGUUGACUAGCAGGGGAGCAAAUGUUCUGGCACAAACGUUACUACGGCCCGGAGCUUCUGAUCUGACUGGGUCGUUUAGGCUAUAUAAGCGAAGUGUUUUGGAGGAUGUCAUCUCCUCCUGCGUCAGCAAGGGCUAUGUAUUCCAAAUGGAGAUGAUUGUCAGGGCUACUAGGAAAGGUUAUCACAUUGAAGAGGUCCCAAUCACUUUUGUCGACAGGGUCUUCGGAAUCUCAAAGCUUGGUGGAUCUGAAAUUGUUGGAUACUUGAAAGGCCUUGUGUAUCUGUUGCUCACAACAUAGGGCGAAAAGACACAGUAGAUGAAUGACUGUCAUAGGACAAACUCUUGUUGAGAUUGAUUUUUCUUAUGUUGUUAAGCUUGCGUUGUAUAAAUUUGUUAACAUUUUCAGACUUACAAUUGAAUUCUGUACACAAGUUUUAGUGUGUGGGUAUCCUUAUGAAUUGUGUGGUACCUUGA